CAAAAUCUGAGCUAAGUGGAAAUGAUAUAGCAAGAGCCUGGUCUGGGUUCGUCACUAUGUCUGAGCCUAAGACCAAUGUUCCGAGAUUUGCUUCUUUCAAGCCCAAGCCUACAACAGCGGUUCCGGAAGAGGCCAAGGCUGACAAGGCCACGCAAAGGAAGCACCACCGCAAAGAUGAGAAGUGUGACAAAGAUCACAGGCGACGACAUCAUGAGAAACAUCGAUCUGGAAGCCGGGAGAGGUUUCCACUUCACGAGACAAAGAUAGAAACCCCCCUGUAUCGGCCAAAGGACGAAUUCGUGGGCGAUUACGUGGUGGACAGGAAGGGUGAUGAGAAGAAUCUCGUCUACGGGAGCAUCCACCGAUAUAGUGUACCUCCGUUUCAUCGAUUUGGAGCAGGCCAUGUUCUUGGGGCACCCCCAGACACGAAGGUUGAUCGAGAUUAUGGAGAUGAGAAGGGGAUUGUUCUCAGCAAUUGGCGAGAAGGCAAGUCUGGCUUCAGGGAGAAAUAUGUUUUCUCAAAAAUAGAGAGAGAGAGACCCCGACUCUUGAAAAUACGUCCCCAAGUCGAUCGUGAAGGGCAGAGGAGCGUUGAAGCGGAUUUCGUUCCUCUGCAGGGUCCGAGAGGCAAGAAGCGCAAGAGGAGCGGAGAUGGCGAUGGAGAUAGUUCUGAUUCUGGCCGCGACGAGAAAGACUAUCGGUCGAUAUACGGCAAGGCCAAAGCAAAACAUCAGCCGUCUGACGAGGAGCUUGAGUAUGCAACUGAAAGUGACUCUUCAGGCUCAGACGCCAGGCGGACGAUGAAGGUCGACUCUUCUACCCGCCAGAAAAACAUGGAGCUGUCAAGGAAAGUCGAGGAAUCCCCACACGACGUGGAAGCUUGGAUCUCGCUGAUUGACCACCAAGAUGCGCUGCUAAGAGGGCAUGACGACAGCCACAGGGUCACCAAUGCCGAGCUUCGAAGCACUGCAGACAUCAAAAUCUCGAUGUACGAAAAGGCUUUGGGCAAGGCCAGAUCUUUGAAAGACCGGGAGAGGCUUUUGCUGGGCUUGAUGAAAGAAGGGGAAAAGAUCUGGGAAGUAAAAUAUCAAGCAGAACGUUGGGAGCAGAUCUCGAAUGACAAUAUUGACAGUCUCCUUUUGUGGACAAGCUAUCUCAAUUUUAAGCAAACGACAUUCUCGUCAUUUCGGCAUGAAGCUAUCAAAGAAGUGUUUCUGAGAAGGGUCAAUGCUCUCACCAAAGAGGUUCUUGUUCCGGGGACAGGAGAUACCGGUUCGCUGUAUCAACAACUCAUCUAUUUACUCCUUCGCUUCACGCUAUUCCUGCGUGAGUCCGGAUACUCAGAGCUAGCUGUGUCGAUUUGGCAAGGUCUUCUUGAGAUGAACUUUUUCCCUCUCAACUUACCGCUUUCCCAUGCCGAAGCUGUGAAGAAAUUCGGUACCUUUUGGGAAAGUGAGGUGCCUCGAAUUGGCGAGGAUGGUGCUCUGGGCUGGCGUCACUUUGUGGAAAACAAGGAUGUGUCGGAAGCCCCCGAUGCUUUGGUUGAUGAAGCAGAUGAUGUGGUGGACAACACAGAUCUGUUCAAAACCUGGGCAGCAGCAGAACGAUUGAGGAUGAUGGGCUCUCGUACUCCGGCUAGGGCUAUGGACGAGGUGGCAGAGGAUGAUCCGUUCCGUGUGAUUUUAUUCUCGGAUAUCGAGAGCUUUCUCAUACACCUACCCCCUCAGUCACAAGGUUUGCGGAGUUUACUCCUCGAUGGAUUUCUACUUUUUUGUCGCUUGCCGGCAGUCGUCGACUUGGAGGAUGCGAAAAAGUGGCCUGGAGAUGCUUUCGUCAACGGCUACUUGUUGGAGAAUGACAUAAACUGGAUUAGAGACGCAUAUCUUCCCGCAACCCGAGAACAGAGUGAGGAUUCUGAUUUGGUGGUAUCUUUGUACGUCCCAAUUUCGAAUAUUUCGAUAUCAUCAGAAGAGCUCUUUGGGUCAAGCGUUUGGCUAGGAAGGCAGCCUUGGAAAGUCAAAUAUACUGGAGAUGACAAUGGUCCCGUAUUUUACAGAUGGGUGAGAAAUACCCUGAAACAGCUCACGGAGAGCUAUUUUACAGAAGACCUCGCCGAAUACUUCCUCGCAUUUGAGUUUCUGAACGAACCAGCUUCGAUCAAGAAGAUAUCGAAGAGUCUUCUGAAGCAACAUCCCACAUGCCUUCGAUUAUACAACUCAUAUGCACUGAUCGAGUGGUCUCGAGGCAAUAAGGAUGUUGCCCGAGGCGUAUUUACUGCGGCUUUGAAUCUACGCAGAUCACUGCCCGAGACCGAAUGGGAUAGAGAUUCAAUCGUGCUCUGGAGAAGUUGGAUUUGGGCAUGCCUCACUGAGCAGGACAACAACGCCGCGAUUCAACAUCUGCUAUCUAUUGCAGAUGGCACUCCGAAUGCAGAUGCUACCCUAUCACCUGCAGCAUUGCUCAGAGCAAAACAGCAUAUGGUCUCACAUCGGGAUUAUCUUCUGUCCUCGGGGACUUCGAGAUCUUCUGCAGCAUAUGCAGAAUGUCUAAUGCUUCUCGAUUACUUGACCACGAGUUCAGACAAGGAGACAAAGUCUACGGCUCAAGGAGACAUCAGCUCCGCCCUUGGUACUUGUACCUCUUUCUCUCACAUCUUCAUCUCUCGGGAUCUCACCCAUUCCACCUCCCACGAGCGCUUCCUCCAAUCCGCAGCACGUCUUCUCAUCCACCAUGCUCGCAUCGGCCCCUUCCGCCCUGCUCUCAUCCGAGAACACCUGAAUCGCUUCCUGAAUCUCUUUCCCCAAAAUACCAUGUUUCUCUCACUCUACACCUGGAACGAAUCUCGACUCCGAAUCGACAAUCGUGUCCGAAAUAUCCUGCUAUCUACAAUCCUCACACCAGAAAACGACACUUUGACAUCCCGCCUUUUCGCCAUCCAAUACGAAAUCAAGCAUGGAACGAUUCACUCUGUUCGUUCAGCAUUCGAGCACGCCCUGUCAUCCUCACCAUCCAAGUCUUCCGCAGGAUUAUGGAGAUUUUAUUUCAUUUACUGUCUCGAGACAUCACAGUUCCGCGCCCAGGCGAAGGAUAUCUGGUAUCGAGCAAUCAGAGCCUGUCCGUGGGCAAAAGAGCUCUAUUUAAUCGGCUUCGAGAGAAUGAGCAAUAUAUUACCCUUCUCAGAGCUCAAGAACAUAUGGAGGAUUAUGGUGGAGAAGGACUUGAGGGUCCACAUUGAUCUAGAAGAGAGGUUCGAGGAUAUAGGGAAACUGGAGAAGACUGCACGUGAGCAGCGCCGUCUGGGGCACAGGUAGGCGCCGCCAAGGUCUCGGAAAGUAUAAUGAAGAAUGAGAGAGUGUUUUGAAACUCAAACGCAGAGAGCAGCCUCACCGUUUCACUAGGUUGAGGCAUAAACUUUCGCAAUUUAUCACAGGUGAUCUCUUUCCAGAGUAUCUGUUUCGAUUUACAUAAUCUCCCCUCAUUAUAUAGAUAAUUUGAAUGUUUUCCUUCCUGUAUGCAUGAUUUUUAGAGCUAGGGCUCAAACUUCUCAUGCAGCACCGUUCCGAGACAUCCCAUUACAUGCCAACAUCAGUGUGAAGAAU